ACAAGCCAUUCAAAAUUAUUACACCAGCCAUUACACCAGCUGCGGCCGGCUGCUUUUAUCUGAUUUGACAAUGGACGUGACGGCCACCCGACCUCUCUUUUCCUACUAGCUCUCCCCUACCCUACCCCUCUUUCCUUCUAGCAGUAGCCUCUACUACAGUCUACACACCCUCUCUAUGCAAAACGCAAUCUCAUCUCUGUGCAGCCACUCAUCCGAUAUUUCCCCCCAUUUCUUUUCCUCUCCACUGUUUCCCUCCUCCUUUAAUUAUUCCCCCCCACUUCGCCUAGCUUUACAAACCCCCACAAAUCGUCAUUCUAACCAAAAGAAAUCAGCAGGAUUAGCCCUAGCUAAGUACUCCCAAUAGCUGUGAUAAACUGAUAAUUAGCCUUCUCUUCUUCCUUGCUGAGCUGGUCGGUGUCGUGUACCAAGAAACCCUCAUCAAGCACAUACGCUAAUGGAGGAGCUUGAAGGCCACCGGGGUGAAGGCCGGCUGCCUCCUCCUCCUCCGUUGCUGCCGUUUCCCAAGGUCUCCGUGCAAGUCUACACCGUUCCUAGCUCGUCCACCGCCGCCUCCGCCGCCGCUGCAGGCGGAGCUCGUCAGGCUGUUGCACCGGCGACGCGGGACGGCGGCGACGGCGGCGGCCGCGCCGCCGGAGUUCUUGACGACCCUGUCAAGGCCAGGAUCGUCUCCCACCCUCGCUACCACCGCCUCCUCGCCGCCUUCCUCGACUGCCACAAGGUUGGCUGCCCGGCGGAGGCGGCCGAGGAGAUCGCGGCGGCGGCGCGGGUGCGGGAGGCGCGGCAGCGGGCGGCCGCGGCGGCGAGCCGCAUGCCGCCGGCGCCGGAGGACCCGGAGCUCGACCAGUUCAUGGAGGAUUACUGCAAGCUGCUCGUGGAGUGUAAGGAGGAGCUCAGCCGGCCGCUCCAGGAGGCCGAGGAGUUCCUCAGGACGGUGGAGUCAGAGCUCAACUCCAUCAAUUCUGGGCCACCCCUUACAGCUCUAAUCUCAGAAUCCAAAGCCGGCCUCGAUUCGUCGGACGACGACGAACACGAAGACGGCAGCGGCAUGGAGAUGAUGGAGGCCGCGGAAGACGAGGACCUCGGCAUCAUCGACCCUCGCUCCGACGACAAAGCGCUGAAGAGGCACCUGCUGAGGAAGUACAGCGGUUACCUGGGAGGCCUGAGGAAGGAGCUGUCGAAGAAGAGGAAGAAAGGGAAGCUCCCCAAGGAGGCGAGGCAGAAGCUGCUCACCUGGUGGGAGCUCCAUUACCGGUGGCCGAACCCGUCGGAGAUGGAGAAGAUCGCCCUCGCCGAGUCGACGGGGCUGGAGCAGAAGCAGAUCAACAACUGUUUCAUCAACCAGCGGAAGCGCCACUGGAAGCCCACGGAGGAGAUGGAGUUCGCCGUCAUGGAGGCCUACCACCACCAGAGCACCGAUGCCGCGGCGGCGUUCUACGUCGACGUCGACGCCCGCCUCGUCGGAGCGACGGCGGCGGCUCCGGCAUCGGCCGUGUACACCGCCAGGCCGGAUCAUGGCGUGUGGCGCGCAUAGCCGUUGCUCGAUUCGCCCGUUGCCGCCAUCUGGAAUUAAUCUGAACUGCCCUUGCCUGUUACAUAUAGUAGGGUUGUUGAUGAUGGUUUCAUAUGUUUUUCCCCAAAGGGAAAGUCAGCUUGGACAUUGGACCAAUCAAGAAAUGAAAUCUCAGCAUGUACCAUAUGUAAAGUUCUGGUCGGGAAUGAAUCAGACAGACACACGCUCUUGUUACUGUAUAUAUGCAGUGAAGACAAGCAACUGAACCUAAA